AACGCCUGGUUUUCACGCGGGCGCCGGCUAAAUCAGUGCAGCGCAGAAAUCACUGGUUACAUUCGCGCUCAGCCCCUGGGUUAUACUAUCACUCUGGAAGGUACUUAGAUGUGAGACGCUGGAGCUGUACACAGACUGUCUCUGUGUCCGGGACAGGAGGGAGUGAGAGAGUGACGGAUUUGGAGCGCAGAAUGAGGGGGAUGAGCGCGUGCCGAGUGCGGGUGCUCGCGCUGUGCCUGGUGCUGUGGGUCCCUUCACCUGCACGCGCGCAGUCUGCGGAUGGCAAGCAAGUGAUGUGUUUAGGCACUCAGAACAUGUUGAGUGUGACAGGAAAUUCAGAACUGCAGUACCAGAGAAUGAAGGAAAUCUACACCGGCUGCCAGAUUGUCAUGGGCAACCUGGAGAUCACGCACAUGGAACAUAAUCGUGAUUUCUCCUUCCUGAAGUCUAUUCGUGAGGUUACAGGUUAUGUUCUAAUAGCUAUAAACCAGUUCAGAUACCUGCCUUUGGAGCAAUUACGUGUGAUCAGAGGAACAUCAUUGUAUGAAGGGCGCUUUGCUCUUGCUGUCUUAGUUAACUACCAGAAGGAUGGAGAGUAUGGGAUACAGGAGCUUGGCCUUACACAUCUGACAGAAAUUUUGGAAGGGGGUGUACAGAUAAUCAAAAAUGAGUUCCUGAGCUACGCACCACAGAUCAACUGGCAGGAUAUUGUAAAGGACAACGGAGCUGAUGUCCUCAUCCAGGACAACGGACCAGAGCUUCCAUGUCAUGAAUACUGUGACAGUCACUGCUGGGGACCAGGCAGAGAUGACUGUCAGACUUUGACCAAAGUGGUGUGUGCGCCUCAGUGUAACGGCCGCUGUUUUGGUCGAAGGCCCAGUGAAUGUUGCCACAUCGAGUGUGCAGGAGGCUGCACGGGCUCUCAGGAUACCGAUUGCUUUGCCUGCAGGAAUUUUAACGACACUGGUGCCUGCGUGCCUCAGUGUCCUCAGGGCGUGAUAUACAAUAAAGUGACGUUUAAACUGGAGCCGAACCCAAAUGAGAAAUAUCAGUAUGGCUCGGUCUGUGUUGCCCAGUGUCCUCCUAACUUUGUGGUAGAUGGAAGUUCAUGUGUUAGCAGCUGCCCUUCAGAUAAAAUGGAGGUAGACAAGAAAGGAGUAAAAAGGUGUGAACCAUGUGGUGGCCUUUGUCCAAAAGUUUGUGAAGGUACUGGCUCACCCACAAAGCAGACGGUGGACUCUCAGAACAUCGACAGUUUCAUAAACUGCACUAAAAUUCAAGGCAGCCUCCAUUUCCUUGUCACAGGCAUUCACGGUGAUCCACAUUACAACAUCUCAGCUCUUGACCCCAAGAAGCUCAAAAUUUUCAACACUGUUAGAGAAAUCACAGAUUUCCUUAGUAUUCAGUCCUGGCCUGGAGAGAUGAAAGAUCUAUCCGUGUUCUCCAAUCUGCAAACGAUACAAGGCCGAAAUCAGUACAAAGGAGUGAGGACUAAGAGGGGCUACUCUCUGCUGGUGAUGAGAAUCCAAACGCUGAAAUCAUUGGGUCUGCGUUCUCUGAAGAGGAUCAGUGAUGGAAGCAUCUAUAUUGCACAGAACCCGGAGCUGUGCUACCACAAUACUAUCAACUGGACGCGCCUCUUAGGCUCACGUGCCCAACGCAAGCAGAAAGCCCUGGACAUCAGAGAAAACCACUCUCAAGAUGACUGUACCAGGGAGGGCCAUGUGUGUGAUCCACUGUGUUCGUCCAAUGGCUGUUGGGGUCCAGGACCGGACCAGUGUCUCUCCUGUAAGAACUACAGCAGAGGAGGAACUUGUGUACCACAGUGCAACUUCUUUAAAGGGAAGAAAAGAGAGUUUGCAGCGGCAAAUGGAGAGUGUAUGCCAUGUCACCCUGAGUGUGCUGUGCAGGAAAACACAGAGAUGUGCAAAGGACCGGGGGCAGAUCAAUGUGCAGUUUGUGCAAAUAUGAAAGAUGGGCCACACUGUGUCUCUUCAUGCCCAGAAGGAGUAAUGGGAGAAAAACGGGUUGUUGUUUACAAAUUCCACGACACCCAAAGAAUAUGCCAGCCCUGUCAUGCCAACUGCACCCGAGGGUGCACUGGACCAAGUUUAAGAGACUGUUUGGAGUCACCCAAGAGAGCCUCAGCUGGAUUGCCAGUGACUGCCAUUGUGUUGGGUGCUAUAGCUUGUGUGCUGCUGGGAUUGUUUGUGUUUGUGAUGGUUGCUCUAUACCGCCGCAGUCUGGCCAUCCGACGCAAACGUGCUAUGAGACGAUAUCUUGAGAGUGGAGAGAGUUUUGAGCCACUGGAUCCUGGGGAGAAAGGGACAAAGGUUCACACCCGCAUUCUGAGACCAUCUGAACUACGAAAGCUCAAACCUCUAGGUUCGGGGGCAUUUGGUACUGUCCACAAGGGUGUGUGGAUUCCAGAAGGAGACACAGUAAAGAUUCCUGUGGCCAUAAAGACUAUUCAGGAUCGCACUGGUCGACAAACAUUCCAGGAAGUUACAGAUCACAUGUUGGCAAUGAGCAGUUUGGACCACCCCUACAUUGUGCGACUCUUAGGCAUCUGUCCAGGUUCCUGUUUGGAGCUGGUCACUCAGUACAUGCCACAGGGGUCCUUAUUGGAGCAUAUCAGAAAGCGGAAGGACAAUCUUAACCCACAGAGGCUGCUCAACUGGUGUGUGCAGAUUGCCAAGGGUAUGUAUUAUCUUGAAGAGCAGAGGAUUGUCCAUAGGAACUUAGCAGCUCGGAACAUCCUACUCAAGAGUGACUAUGUGGUCCAAAUUGCUGAUUAUGGCAUUGCUGACCUGUUUUACCCAGAAAACAAGAAAUGUUUCUACGACAAGGUGAACCAGACACCAAUAAAGUGGAUGGCCCUUGAGAGUAUUUUGUUCCGCAGAUAUACGCAUCAGAGUGAUGUGUGGAGCUAUGGUGUAACUGUCUGGGAGAUGAUGUCAUAUGGAGCAGAGCCUUACGCAACAAUGAACCCACAGGAAGUUCCAGAUCUGCUGCAGAAGGGCGAGCGUCUGUCUCAACCUCAAAUCUGCACUAUAGAGGUCUAUAUGGUUAUGGUCAAGUGCUGGAUGAUUGACGAGAAUGUUCGACCAAGUUUUAAAGAGUUAGCCAACGAGUUCAGUCGUAUGGCUCGAGACCCACCCCGGUACCUUGUCAUUAAAGGGGGGUGCACAAUUCCUGACCCUGCUUCUGAUGAGCCACAUCAUCGUGGUAGUCAAGGGGACAUUCUGGGUGUGGGGCUGGAGGAUCAAGAGGAUGACGCUCUGGAAGACGGCAUGACCACCCCUCCUGUGUACCUCACACCAUCAAGAAGUCUCUCUAGAUUGCGUGUGGAUACUAACAGGGCCAGUCUAACCCCUGCUGGCUAUCUGCCAAUGACCCCAAGUAUAGAGGGUUCAAUGCAGGCUAUGUGGUCACCUCGAUCACGACUCAAUUCUGCACGCACUAUUUCUGAGAGCUCCGAGGGGCAUGGCACCCUGGUAGAACUAGAAAUGAAUGAGGACCCACUGCUGGCUGGUUGCCUAAGAGGAGUGCAACGUCGCGAGGACAGUGCUUAUAUAUCUCAGAGGGACAGCCUAUCAGGCCCUCCAGAUACACCCAUUCCUGACACGCCAUCUCCGUGUACUGAGGGAGAGGAAGACCAAAAUGGAUAUGUAUUGCCAGGACUAAGUGACAGUUCAGAUAAAGACUUGAUGUGUUCCCUGCCCUCCCGUGUGACAUUAUCUAAUGGGAGGUUAUCUAUGGGUCAUUCACAUGAACUUUUAGGGGAACAUGACAGUGGUGAGGAAGAAUAUGAAUACAUGAACAAUCAAAACCUCCCCCUCAGACACACCACAGGACGGAGCCAAAACUGCUGUCCAGUAACAAACCGCAAUUUCAGCAAACACAAAUCUCCAGGUGGCAAUCCUAGGUUAUCCAUGGAGGGCACAGAAAGCAGCGGAGCGCACUCUGAGUCCUCCCUGGAUGAAAGAAGUCACAGCAAUGCAGACCUUCUGUCCAGCGAAGCAGAGUAUGUAGAAGCGGACCUGGAGCAGGAUCUUCAAUAUGAAUAUAUGGACAUUCGUAGUGGCCCUGGGGUCACAGCACCUAACACUAACCCCAGAAUGGACCUCCUAAGACAAGGAAGCCAUAUUUCUUCUAAGAAAUCUCUUGAUAAAGAUGACUGCGAAGAGGAAGAGUACCAGUAUACAAAUUACCAGCCAAGGUUGAGUCGCUCACUCAUGGUUCAAGGCUUGAUGGAGGGAGAAAGAGAUAAGUAUGAAUAUGAAGAAAUGGACUCUCGGGUGGCAGGGGGAAACUCUGAAGCGGAAUACGAAAACCUCCAUGAAGCAGGAGAAAGGCCAUACAAUAAAUUGCAUGCAGGAAUGCGAAAUGGAAAGGACGGUGCAGACAGGUGUUUUGACAAUCCUGACUACUGGCACAGCCGACUGUUUUCUAAAGCAAAUGCAGUGCGUACAUAAGCUGGGAAGGAGUGAAUGUAAUUAUAUAUACAUCCAUAAGCAUAUUUCUAACUGGCACUCUUAUGUUAAUAAGGAAUAAUUGUACAGAAGCAUUAGAGAAAACUUCUGAAAAUACUAUCACACAUUCCUACUUUGGAAUAUAUUUUGCCAAAACUUUGCAGUGAACUGCAGUACCACCUAAAAAGCUUUUACAGCUAUUUCACUUGUCAUUAUGUACAAAUGUAACCUCAGUUUAUAUUAAACAGCUACCGGACCUCAGGAUGCAAAGCAGUCUUUAUUUUUUAUUUCCAGUGAUGAAAAUAUGUAUUGAUUCUGUCUAUAUAUUAUGUUUUUGUUUUUUUUAUGAUUUAGUACGUCUGUUACAGAAAUGUAUUCAGUCUUCUUUAAAUUCACCAAGGCAGCUUGCAUUACAUCUCAUGACAAACAGUCAGGGAUGAAUGCUUUUUAAUAUUACUUUUGCAUAUAAUCUAUACCUUCAUAUUACAGUCAUACAAUUAUGUAGCCAUUUGAUUUAACAGUGUCCAUAGUAUUGCUUUAAGCACCAGAUACAAAUAAACUGCUUUCUUUAUUUUCUUGAAAUGAUGUGACCAUAUGGAAAGAGUUGAGUGUUUGAUCAUAUUUUAAAUGAAAUGGUAAUUUGUAAAUCUUUACUGUUUUAUAUGCCUUACCAGAACAAAUAAUUUCUUUGUUUCAUUUCUGUACAUGUGUUUUUACACUAUCCUUUGUGGUUAUGACAUUAUUUUAUACAUACAGUGUGUCAGAAAUCUGAUUUUACUUUAUAUCCUAAAUAAAUGUUAUAUUGUUUUA